GCCUAAUCAGGACACCUCCCCAGCUUGCUGCCCACGCUCCUAUAAAAGGGGGGUCUGCGUUUCUUUGCAAACGCUGUGCACAAAGCUGCCAAGUCAGGAAAGGGCUUCAGGAUCCCGCUUCUGCGCUUUUUAGAAGAGCCGCGGGACUCAGACUUUGUUUCCCCCACACCAGCUCAUUCAUUGCCCGUGUGCAGUUCUUGAACUUCUUGCAAGAUGACUAUUUGGGAUGGGGUGAUGCCCUUUUACCCCCAGCCCAGGCACGCGGCGGGCUUCAGCGUCCCGCUGCUCAUUGUCAUUCUGGUAUUCUUGUGCCUGGCCGUCAGCUUCCUGCUCAUCUUGCCUGGGAUCCGUGGCCACUCGCGAUGGUUCUGGUUGGUGAGAGUUCUUCUUAGUCUGUUCAUCGGUGCAGAGAUUGUGGCUGUGCACUUCAGCGGAGACUGGUUCGUGGGGGGAGUGUGGACCAAUACAUCCUACAAAGCCUUCAGUACCGCCCGUGUUCAAGUCCAUGUCGGCCUGCAUGUGGGACUGGUGGGCGUCAAUAUUACACUCAGAGGAACACCAGUGCAGCAGCUGAACGAGACCAUUGACUACAAUGAGCGUUUCACUUGGCGUCUGGACGAAGACUACACCAAGGAGUACGUGGAUGCCCUGGAGAAGGGUCUGCCGGAUCCAGUGCUCUACCUGGCAGAGAAGUUCACACCCAGCAGCCCUUGCGGGCUGUACCAGUAUCACCUGGCCGGACACUACGCCGCAGCAACGCUAUGGUGA